AAGGAGGAACAAGACACUCACGGCCUGCGAAGAGUAGGCAACGACUUGGAUCAGCAUGGCUCGAGCUCGAAGGAGGAGAAAGACACUCACACGCUGCGAAGAGUAGGCAACGACUUGGAUCAGCAUGACUCGAGUGCGAACGAGGAUCAAGGCACUCACAGCCUGCGAAGAGUGGGCAACGACUUGGAUCAGCAUGGCUCGAGCUCGAAGGAGGAUCAAGACACUCACACGCUGCGAAGAGUGGCCAACGACUUGUAUCAGCAUGGCUCGAGCGCGAAUGAGGAUAAAGACACUCACAAACUGCGAAGAGUGGGCAACGACUUGGAUCAGCAUGGCUUGAGCUCGAAGGAGGAACAAGACACUCACGGCCUGCGAAGAGUGGGCAACGACUUGGAUCAGCAUGGACUGAGCUCGAAGGAGGAUCAAGACACUCACAAACUGCGAAGAGUGGGCAACGACUUGGAUCAGCAUGGCUUGAGCUCGAAGGAGGAUCAAGACACUCACGGCCUGCGAAGAGUAGGCAACAACUUGGAUCAGCAUGGCUCGAGCUCACAGGAGGAUGAAGACACUCACAUACUGCGAAGAGUGGGCAACGACUUGGAUCAGCAUGGCUCGAGCUCGAAGGAGGAUCAAGAC